GCCGUCUCUAGUCAUGGCCUGCACGCUCUCGUCCACCACCAACCACACCAAAGGAUUCGACUUUGCUGAACUAUACAAUGUAUACCUGUACCUUAACCACACCUGUGCGCCCGAAAGCGACAUCUUCUCCAGUGGAACGCGCAUGUUGACCGCUGCGGUAUGCAGGAAGAUGACGAGGACCAGCACCUCCAUCUGGUCAGGAUGGACCCCGUAUCCGAUUUCUGACAUAUGGACGAGGAUAGCCGUCUGGAAGCUGCCAUUACUGCAGCUCAUCUCGCAGUUUCCAAGACCGCCCCUGGGACCCAGUGUCGAAACUGGCGUCAUGUUGCAUUUACUGGGUGAUCCGAUUGACUCGGUAGCGAGCAUGCUGUUGACCUUGGCCGUGUGCCAAACUCGCGUGGAGCGUGCGAAGGAGCUGUGUGUUCAUACUGGGGUGGACUGUACUCAUCCUGGGUAUCAUCGCACAUGGAAGGGUUUGGCGAUCAUCAUGGCAUCAUAUGAUGAGUGUGGUGCCUCUGCAAAGAUCGAAAACUUCUGCACAACGUAUCGCGAGAUGAGAGGGAAGCCGAGCUUUGACAGCGAGAUCAGGCACAUAUAUGAAGAAACAGCAGGCUCAUUAGCAGCCGAUCGACAGACGCGUACGCUCCCAGUAGUGAUUGCGGAACUCUUCUUCAUUGGCGGCUGGGUCAUAUCGCUCGUAAAGGCAGCAUCGUCUGAGCCAAACCCUACGAAUUGGGUGAAUGUCGAGGCUCAAAGUAUUGCCAUAUCAGCCUUGUUCUUGUGGGUCACGUCGGCCGUCGUUAUAGCCUCGGUCAUUGGCGCUUCCCAAACUGAAGACGCUGUUCCGCGGAUACUCCAUGCGUUCGAAUAUCAUAUCUCGGCUUUUCUGGGUGGGCGCGCUCGACGACCAUCGAUUCAAGAGCGAAUAGAGACAACAUGGUGUAGAAAAUCGAUAGAUCGCGCGGUACAUGGAGGAACGUACUCUUGGAGGCCAACGAAAUGGAAAGAGGACUGGCCAAAAUCCAGUGUCUUGUUCGCUUACGCUGCGAUCGGCACCAUUCUUGUCAGCAGUAGCUUCUUCAUAUCAGCUCUGUUGUCGUAUCUCGUUUCGCCAAAAGGUUUCAAUUGCCGGCAUAUUCCCGAGGCCAUGGUACUUGCCAUCUGGCUGCUAAGCUCUGUUAUUGAGAUCAUUUGCGAGAGGUAUCUAAACCGGAGGCUCUUCUGGGUUAUCUUCUGGAAAGACACUUUAUGUGCCUUGAGCAACAUCGCCAUCAUCAUCGUUGUGCAAUGGGGGAUAAUGAAUCGCUGUUCGUGUUGGUCCGGGUGGGGCUCGACUGGGCUUCAUCUACCGCAGAUGCCGGAUGUAAAACCUGAGCUAAUGUUUUUCAUAAGACAUAUCGCGCCUUGGAUUGUUUUGGGGGCCGUCGUAUUCCAUUUGGUGUUCUGUGCCGUAGUAAUCUGGAAGUAUUGGGAUGCCGUCCGUGUGUAUAUUCAGAGAGAUGAUGGAGUGUCAAACCUUGGCUGGGAGAACCGCAGACGGGACAAAAGUAAUACGUAUGUCUCGGAACACGGGUCAAAGAGUUGAUAUAAUGGUGAUCAGAUUUCUGAGUUGGCUUUGAUGAG